GCGUCGUAGCUGGCAAACGUGUGAUCUACUCUUGUUUUUCUUAGGAUUGCGCGCGAAACACUACGACAGCAUGUAAAUUUUUUAUCUGUGCUUAUGUGUACUCUAUGGUUUAUUGGCGCGAAAUAUCCAAGGAGGUUCAUUAUGUAAAACUGUUCUGUGAAUUUUUUAGAAUUCACAGUGACGUGCCCCGAUUUUAAAUUGAUGAAAGAGGACCCAAUGUGAGUGGAAAUAAAGAUGGGCUUAAAGUGUCUGAUCCUAAUGAUAGCUUUUGCAACAGUCGAAAUAAAUCUCACUGAGAGUCGUCAAAAUGAUAAACGCAGAUGGAAAUCCGAAAAGUCUCCUUAUUCGCAUUUCGUUAAUAUUUGCGACAUACAAGACAGAGCAUCAAAAGUGCAUUGUUAUUGCGAAAGUAUAAAAAUUAAAACAGCAACUAAAGCCGACUGCUGGGUUUUUAAUGGCGGCAUUGCCGAAGAUGACCCCUUUUGGUCCAACUUCUAUUCUCAACCGAAAAUUGAACGGCUAACGUUCAAUGUAAGAACGGAUGGUGGGCUCACAUUUAUACCCGCAAAAGUUAUUGUGCGCUUGGACCAUUUGCAAUACUUAAAUAUUCAGUACGCAAACAUAUACAGCAUACCAUCCUUUGCAUUCACAAAUUCAACGACGCUAAGAGAAAUAACGCUGCACAAAAAUAAAAUUUCGAGGUUAGAUAAGAUGUCAUUCGCUCAUUUAAUUAUGUUGGUGAAUGUGAGUCUUGUAGAGAAUCAGAUUUCGGAGAUAACAAAGGAUGUGUUCUACAUCUUACCUAAUUUACAGAGACUGUACCUUUCAAAGAAUACAAUAGAAGUUUUGCACGACGGGUGUUUUAAGCAUUUGAACAAUUUAAUCAAACUUGACUUGAAUAAUAAUUUGUUGACUGUUGUAAUCAGAGAGAAUUUCCAGGGGCUAUCUAAUUUGAUUAGCUUGGAUAUGCGAAACAAUAAAUUGAGUAUGAUAGGCGAUCUUGCGUUCGCAGAACUUUGGGGUCUACAAGAACUUUAUUUAGAUGGGAAUGAAAUAAAGUUCAUUUCGGAAAGAGGUUUUGGUGGCUUGACACAACUUAAGAAACUUUCCCUAGCCAAUAACAAGCUAGCGACGUUGGAUGACGGAGUAUUUGAUGAUAUACAAAAGUUGAAUAUUUUGGAUUUACGAAACAAUAACUUGGAAACGUUAAAACACGAGACGCUGGGGAACGUUAUAGAUAAUAUGAAAUCCAAUUAUGCGUUAAUCUCUCUUGACGGCAACAAGCUAACCUGUGACUGUCGAUUAUCCUGGCUGCACAAACUCCGUGACGAGACUAGAAGCAAACGCGUCCGCGCGUCUCUUAACCGCCUGAACUGUAUCAUGGAUAACAAACUAAAAACCAACUUGAUCAAUAUUAAAACCCAAAGGAACGAACCGAACAAAGUAAUUGCUAAAACCGACAGAACCUACGACGAAGAUGACUUCGAAGAAUAUGACGACACUCUGCAAGAUCAGGACACAGAUUUAGAUUUGAAAAUCGAAUACCGUAAAAAACUACUUGACAUUCCCAAAGAUUUACUACCUUGUCCUAGUAAGCUUAUUUCAGAGGCUUCUUACUCGCCACCUACUCAGGACGAGGUGAAAUAUUACAAAACUUCCGGAAGUCGAUUAUUGCAAUCAAUUUUAAAUUUGACCAUUUUGUGUGCUUUUAUUGUAUUGUAAGUAUAAACUAAGCAAUGAUAGCUAUAUAUAUUAGCUCUAGUAUUGUUUUAUUAAAAAUCGUAUAUUAGGUAUAUUUUGUUUUUAUAGAAAAAUUUGAAUGCGAAUUUAGAAAAAAAAAUUCACUGUCAGUGGUAUCAACAACUUCGUUAUAUGUAUGGGUCGACUAGAGGAGUUUCAUGUUUAUUUCAUAUAUAUAAGAAUUGUAAAUAUAAAUUUAAAUAAAUUCGCACAUAACAAUUCCUCGUGUAUUUAAGAAAGUAGUUAAUUCAGAUUUAGAUUUAAAAUAAAGGAUGAAAUAUAAACUUUGAAACGUUGUUAUUAUCGGUUUAAUGACGUUAUAAGUUAAACUUAGAUUAUACGAAGAACUUUCGAUUGCUUUCGAAUACCUAACGAUGUCUUAAAAUGGAAGUAAGGAAUGUAUUAUAUAGAAAAAUAGUGUUGUAUUUUUAAUACAGAUUAAUUUAAUUGUCUGAAAAGAUUUUAAUAACUUUUAUUUAAAUUAGUGUAGCCAUGAUUGCAUAUUAUAAUGCUAGCAAGCUGAGAGUUGUAUUUAAUUUAUACUACUCAUUGAAAUAAAACUUCUUUGACGGCGUAUUUGUCAUCAUGUGUUCACUCUCUCAUCACAACUGUUGUAUAUCAUUCGAAACGUCAACUUUUUAUCUCUUAAUGAAGUUUCAAUAAAAGGCCGACAUAAGGCUAAAUAUGAUUUAUAUUAACUUUCGUCAUUAAUUAUGCCUUGUAAUUUAGAUUGUAUAUAAAAAAUUAAAAGAUUUUAAAAUAUAUGUAUUUAAUUGCAAAUGCGAAAUAAAUUGGUACUUUUUCUGUGA